AUGUGUGAUAUAAAUAAACAGCCAUGAAACUACAUCAUCUAGCAGUUCUGAGCGCGUGCGUGGCGCUGGCGGCCGCGCUGCGCGUGCGUCGUGAUGAUGAUGAUGAUGACUUAGACCUCACACCUACCGGCCAAACCAAGGCGUGCAAGACAAAAGACGGUAGAGACGGCUUGUGCGUUCAUGAGAGCAUGUGCACAGAAGAUCACGUGUUCCAACCAGGCGGUGUCAUUGAUGACAGUGAAAUUAGAAUUGGCAGUUGUCCGGGCAAGUGGGACUGGUGCUGCGUUUUCCCUAAUAUGACGACCCCGGAGCCAACGGCCACAGAUCGGAGCCAAACAGACACAGGGUGCAGAGCGGGAACGAAGGACUCGUGUCCAUGGUGCAUUGGGUUGUACCGAGAUGGAGGCAACCCUCGCACAAAAUCUCCCUCUGGCCUCUACUGUGGAGGUGCGGUCAUAGGAUCCAAGAUCGUGCUGACCUCUGCCUCCUGUGUGCUGGGUGGUAAGGGAUCCAAUAUGUGGGUGCAACUGCCAGGCUCAGACAAGCACUAUGCUAUUAAUAGCACUUCGAAGAAUACUCAAUUCAACUCAGGUACUCGAGAGCACGACACAGCGCUUCUACUGUUGGACGAAGAGGUUCCUUGGCCGGAGAAGCAAACUGGGGCCUGUCUGGGGCUCAAGACACCACUAGCAGGGGACUGCGUCGCUGUCGGCUUUGAUAAGAAAGACCGACUAGUGUUUACGCCUAUGACAGUUACGGUCGGCAGCUGUACCGAGCAGGGGUCCAGUUACGACGCUGCAUGCGGCCGAGCUAUAGGGACCUGCUCUGUAGCCUCAGGGUCCCCAGUCAUGUGCCCGUCAGACGGCGAAGGACUGAUCGUGGCCGGACUAGUUCGGCAGAACUGCAUAUCCAACGCAGCUGUUUUGGGUUCCCUGGUACCUUCGGCAGACUGGAUACGAGACGAGCUCACCAAGAAUGCUAUAGCUGCCAACCGGUACAGCAUCAUUCGAUAGGACGAUUGUGAGAAGAAUAUGGAUACCUAUGAUACUCAUUGUUGAAUGAUCUAAAGUAAAAUAAAUGCAGUUAACACAA